AUGGAGGUCGACGAACUCCCAAAGUCGCGCCUCGAGCUAGAUGGAAAGAGCAAAGACUCACCGGUCUCUAUCAGUGCCCCACGGGAAGAGAUGAGCAACAAGCCGUCUCUCUAUGAGAAUGCCAACGCACCAUUUUCAUUUCGCGAACAGCGUCUAUGGCAAACUGUCUCGGCACGAAACAAGAAAAUCAGAGAACUCGAGAAAAGACUUCGGCAAGACAUACCCUCUGCCGACCCUCGCGCGAAUUCGAGUACCACCAUGGACAGAGAGGCUAUGAUGAGACAUCUUGCCGUGAUAGAAAGCCUCGCAGAAGAGAACGCGCAACUGAAACAUCGAGUCCGUCAAUUGGAAGCGCACGGAGAGGAGAAGGCCGAACUACAGAAUUCCCUUGCUGAAGCAUCCAAAGUGGCCGAUAUGAAUGAGGAGAGACGUGCCAAAGACGAGAAAAACUACCAAGAGAUCGUCAAAAAACUCGAAGGACGCAUAGGAGAACUUACGAAUCACACUCAAAGCCUUGGUCAGCAGCUGGUUUCACUCAAGGCCCAUAAUACUGGAAACCGAACACUCGCCAACGAUGGGAAGGUUUCUGAUGACGAGAUACGAUCCCUUUGGCAGCAGAUGGCCUUCAACAUCCAAAACAUCGUUGCCAACUUUCUCACUGGCCGUCCUCGUCCUACACAGGAAGAACUACGUCACGAGCAUAGCACCACUGGGAGCUGUGUCGUCUGUCAAUUGACUCCCGAAGGUUUAAGCUUGCUGUGGAACGAAGACAUGAGGGACAGUGUGCUUGAGGGAAUGAUUUGGGUUGCCAUCUGCGGGUACACCUUUGAGAACGUCCGACAAGACAACCGUGUGACCAUCUGGGGCGGCGGCAUCGGAAAGAUUUUCUCCAGGCUCUACAGAAUUCUCUUCGUUGCUGUUAAGAGAGCCGGAACGGACCCUGCUGCGGUGCUGCGGUGGAAGUCAGAAAGCGCUCGACUGAUCGAUAGCAUUAUGGGUGCCAGUGAAGAAUCAAUGCAAAGUGCAGUGAGAGACGAGUUCACAGGCCUUUCUAGGUUUCUCCCCAGCAACAACGAAGAUCUCGUAUCCGAUUUUUUCAAGGAGCUCAACAUAGUUUUCGAGGAUGCAGUUCAUCUUCAUGCGAUAUUCAUGAAGUCUCGGGCUCUUUUCUACAUUGAUUGGGCCAUCAAACACACCUCUCCUGACAGCGGCCUACUCUACGACCCCGAGCGCCACAAUGCCGAAGCUUGGGUGCAGGAUCUGAGCAACAAGAGCAUCGUCCUCUUCAGCAUCUCGCCAGGGCUUAUCAAGAUGGGCAACGCGGACGGUGACAGCUACGACAAGCGCAUUCGACUUGCCAAAUCAUCGGUUGUCUGCAAUUAG